UAAGCCUUUUGAUUUUCUACCACAAAAUCGUCCGUAUGUAUAAUAUAUACGGAUAUGCGAUUUCGGAGCUGACGCAAACAACUUCAAUGCUGGUUGCAGAACAUAUGAACUUUUUACUGAUAAACAAGCACACGAGAGAUAAAAGCCUUUUUUUAGGUAAGUUGAUUACAGAUGCCGAAAAAAAUCUCAUAAGCAAGAAGAAUAAAACAGUUUCAAUGCUGCACAAAAAAUAUCUUCCGUACUAUGCAGCUGGUGAGGUUGUCUCUGGUUUUGGCAGGGGCUCCAAGUCCCUAGGCUGUCCAACAGCUAAUUUUUCAGAAGAAGUUGUUGAAGCUCUGCCAGCAGAAUUUGAAACUGGGGUUUAUUAUGGCUGGGCUUGGUUGGAAAAGCAAAUUUACAAAAUGGUCAUGAGCAUAGGAUGGAAUCCGUUUUACAAAAAUGAUAAGAAAUCCAUGGAAAUACAUUUAAUUCACAAGUUUGACAAUGAUUUUUAUGGCAAGGAGUUGAAAAUUAUAAUUUUGGGCUUCAUCAGACCAGAGAUGGAUUUUAAAUCCGUUGAUGAUCUUAUAAAGGAAAUCCAAAGUGAUAUUGAGAUAGCGAAAAAAUCUCUUGACCACCCAAGUAUGGUGGAAUAUAAGAGUGAUCCAUUUUUCCAUAGUUAAAUUGAUACAC